CGGCUCGAUCUCCCGUUCCAAUCACGCCCAUGGCAGCCGCCGCCUUCGGCUCCGCCACUGGUGGCGGGUCGCGGCUUGUGGACCGCUGCAUCGACGCGGCAGCGCGCGGUCCCGCCACUGUGGAGGCCUGGCGCCGGCAGCGCCGCUCCCUGGAGCGCCUCCCGGCCCCGCUCGCCGACGCGCUCUUACGCCGCCUAGCUGCGCGUCGCCUUCUCUUCCCCUCCCUCCUCGAGUAAGCCUGCUGCACCGCUUUCUAAACUCGUCCUCGUGCUGCGAAGUAAAGAUGCUCGACGCCCCGAUAGGGAGCUAUGGUUUUUUUUCCUCCAUUUUUUGCCUCGCCGCUUCCAGUCCCCCAUCUCUACCCACGCUCCCUCCCUCUCCGCGCCGCUCUUCCAGCCAUGGCGAUCACCACAGAGUCGCGGAAGCGGACAAGGCUUCCCAUGCGAUCGAGAAGCGGGGGGUACGGUCUGAUUUCGAGGUUGGGAAAUUCUUUGUAGUGGCCAAUUUUAGACAUGGUUUUCUAGGUAGAGAAAAUAAUAGUAGUCAGAUUGUGGCUUUGAAAGUUCUUUUCAAGGGCCAGCUCAAACAAUCUCAGGUCCAACAUCUGCUCCCAAUGUUCUUCGCCUGUAUGUGUACUUCUAUAACCACACCGGGGUUUACCUAAUCCUGGAAUAUGCUGCCAAGGGUGAACUAUACAAGGAGUUGACAAGAUGCAAGCAUUUCUGGAAGAGCCUUUCAGCAUGGCUAGAGGUCUGAUCUACCUUAGUGGGAAGCAUGUUAUCUAUCAGGACAUCAAACUAGAAAAUCUUUGGUUGGAGCCUUUGGUCAACUUAAAAUUGCUAACUUUGGCUGGUCCGGCAUCUUCAACAGGACUAUGGUGUUUGGCCGGUCAGUAGAGGAGGUUGAUCUGAGUGGAUUUCUUUCUGUGAAUUCCGAGUGGUUGGCAUACCUUGGCUCCUUCAGGUACCUUAGGGUUCUGAAGUUGGCGGACUGCAAGAACAUCAACAAUGACGCUGUCUGGUCGCUCUCUGGAAUGAACACAUUAAAGGAGCUGGACUUGUCAAGGUGCAAAAAGAUUUCUGAUGCUGGCAUCAAACAUAUAGUGACCAUUGAAAGCUUAGAGAAGCUACACUUAUCUGAGACUGAAUUGACUGACAAUGGAGUGAUGCUCAUUUCUUCACUGACAAAUCUAAGUUUCCUUGAUCUAGGUGGAAUUCUCAUGACAGACAAAACCCUACAGUCUUUACAGGUAUUGACAAAACUUGAGCAUCUUGAUAUAUGGGGUAGUGAAACUACAAAUGAGGGAGCUUCUGCUCUGAAAUCCUUUGCAAGGCUGCUAUCCUUGAAUCUUGCGUUGACACGUGUCAACCAUUUAUCAAUUCCUCCAACCACAAGCUAUCUAAAUAUGAGCAACUGCGAAAUUCAUUCUAUUUGUGAUGUGGAUUCUGAAGUUCCUGUUCCACUAGAAAACUUUAUUGUCUCUGCAGCUACAUUUGGCAAUAUUGAUAAAGUAUUUUCUAGCAUCCAAGCAAGCUCACUGAUACAUUUGGACUUGUCUAGCUGCAAGUUAAGCAACUUGUCUUUCUUGGAAAAGAUGAAGAAUCUAGAGCAUCUGGACCUUAGCUACAACAUAAUAACUGAUGGUGCAAUUGAACAUAUUGCGAAGAUUGGAACAAACUUGCAAUAUUUGAGCCUCAAGAAUACUGGAAUAACUUCCCAGGCACUAUGUAUUCUGGCAGGGACAGUUCCAAACCUCACCUCACUGUCUUUAGCUAAUACAAAAAUUGAUGACUCUGCUCUAGCAUAUAUUGGCAUGAUACCUUUGCUGAGAACGAUAGAUUUAAGCCAGACAAGUAUCAAAGGUUUUAUUCACACUGAAGUAAAUUCCGAGAAGUUGUUGUCUAUGUCUGCAUUUGAGCAUCUCAAAUAUCUGGAAAGUCUAAAUCUGGAGGAUACACCGCUAUCAGCUGAAGUUAUACCUCCCUUGGCAUCCUUUGCAACACUGAAAUAUUUGUACCUGAAAAGUGAUUUCUUGUCUGAUCCUGCCUUGCACGCACUCUCUGCUGCCUCCAAUUUGAUACACCUUGGGUUCCGCGGGAAUAUAUUGUCAAGCUUUGGGCUUUUACAGUUUGUACCCCCUGUCACACUCUGUGUGUUGGAUUUAAGCGGCUGUUGGAUCUUAACAGGCGAUGCUAUUUCAACAUUCCGUAAGCGUCAUCCUACGAUUGAAUUGAGACAUGAGCUCCUGCACGAAGUUGAGGAAAAUUUUGUUGGUGGUUCCCAAUUUCGUAAACCUAGACGCAGACGAUCUCCUCAUGUGAAAGCAGAAGUUGGAAACAGUUUUGCUGGCUCAAGUAGGCUACACGAUAUCCGUUUUGUAGAUGAAAGGAUAAAAUACAGCAAGGAGGAAUUUGUGGAGCUGCAAGGCCUUGCUAAACCAAAUUCGUUAAUGCUUGGCGUGUGGCUUCCACCAGAACUGCGAAGGCCCAAAUGAUAGUUUUGGAUCUUGAUUCCUUACGCAUUUACUGCCAGCAUAUCAUAAUCUUCCUUGAGUUAUUCUUGAUAUGACAGACUUUUGAGAAUUAAGCAUCAAGCAUGUCACUCAGUUCCAAAUUAUAGUUCACUUUGGUUUUGUCCUAGGUCAAACUUUUCUAGCUUUGACCUAUGCAUUCGAAUAAAUGCUAUACCAAAAUGUAUUUCGUGAAGAAUCUAAAGAAACUGAUUUGAUGUUCUAGAUGGUGGUACACUUUCCUUUAAACUUGGUCAAACAUAAAGAAGUUUGACUUAUGAAACCAAAGUUAACUAUAAUUUGGAACAAAGGGAGUACACUGGAGUUAUCUAAAACAAAUUUUCGAUAAAUUAGUUUUAA